GUUAAAAGGACGUAUUUAAAGACCUUUUCCCUAGCUUUGGAGUCAUGAGUAUUCUUAAAUAGUCAUGUCUGAUACUGAAGACCAACAACUAAGUUAUUAAAUGGUCAUGACUGGCCAAAUCGGUGGUGUUUUCAUUAGGGAAGCACCUCAGGUUAACGUAGGGAAAGAAAUAGCACAGGCGAGCCAGAGGGUAGCCACGGGUUUGGGGGGUAAUGUGGUUAAUCACGUGUUCAGUGAAACAGUUCUGAAGGAUGUUUUCAGGGAGUGUGCAGCUGUGUGAGCACAGCAGGUAGCUGUCUACGCUCGCAGCAUGGACAUCAGUGUCUCAGCCCCAGCGGAACAUGGGCCAGGCUUGGACUUCAGCCUCCUCACCACUGAGCAUCGUCUGGACACUCUGGCCUCUGCAGGAGUCCAUGGAAGGGGCCCCUUCUGGGGAGAAGGUGGAGCUGAGCAGGAGGCCUGCCUGCAGAGUGAGAGAGAAAACAUCCGUGUGAAAGAAACAUCAAUCCGUUACCUCCAACAUGCAUGCCAACAGGAAAUCAAACACAACCCAGGACAAGAGAAGCCUAAGAAACCAAACAAAAUCUACAGUUCUGGGUCAAGGAGACCAAGUCAGCGUUUGAGUACUGUUGCUGCCCACUGCCCACAUCGAAGAAAGUUCCAGGAGUACCACUGGGUGCCCAUUGAGGAUGCACCCGGCCUUCGAUGCCUCCCAGGCCUGCCUGACAGGAGCGAUGGGGUCCAUUCUCUCCUUUGUACAUUAUGUAUCAUCCUGCUCCUUCCAAACCCCUCUACUGGACCCCAGCACAGCCCUCUGUACCAGAGUCACAUCUCAUGUAAGAAAAUGACAAACCGGAAAGACCCUUUGCCCAGGAGGUACACAGUGCACCAGAUCCCCCAGGGCCCCUUUUACUCCCAGAGUCUCUUCGCCCCAUCCUCCCUGCGGGGCUCGCAUCGCACGAGUGGGGAAACUGCCAGGUGCAGCUGCGUAGUGGGGAUACCACUGCUCUCUUUGGCACGUGAGGCCAAUGCCCGGACUCCCCACCCUGGGAGGGAGGGAAGGUAAAGGCACAAGCACCUAUCGCACUCGACCCCGCCCUUUCGACCUGAACGGGUUCCGCCCCUCCUUCCCGCAGCCACGCCUUCUCCGCUGGGACCCCGCAGUCCCCGCCUCUUCCUUCUCAUAGGCCGCCCUCCCCUGGGACCCCUCCGCGCCGUGCGUGCGGUAGCAUCCGGUCAGGUACGUAGGAGCCCAACCCUUCCCCAGCAAUGCCGCGUGCGCCCCGGUGCCGCGCAGUGCGUGCUCUGUUGCGCAGCUGCUACCGAGAGGUGCUGCCUCUGGACACCUUCCUGCGGCGACUGGGUCCUGAGGGUCGGCGCCUCGUGCAGCGUGGGGACCCAACGGCCUUUCGCGCGCUGGUGGCCCAGUGCCUGGUAUGUGUGCCCUGGGACGCACAGCCGCCUCCCGCCACCCCAGACUUCCGCCAGGUGUCCUGCCUGAAGGAGCUGGUGGCCAGGGUCUUGCAGAGACUCUGCGAGCGUGGUGCAAGGAACGUGCUGGCCUUUGGCUUUGCGCUGCUGGACGGGGCCCACAGCGGCCCCCCCAUGGUCUUCACAACCAAUGUGUGCAGCUACCUGCCCAAUACAGUGACCGAGACGCUGCGAGGCAGUGGUGCGUGGGGGCUGCUUCUGCGCCGCGUGGGUGAUGACGUGCUCACCUACCUGCUGGCACGCUGCGCACUCUACUUGCUGGUGGCCCCGAGCUGCGCCUACCAGGUUUGCGGGCCACCGCUCUAUGACCUCUGCACCACAAGACACAAAAAUGGGAGCCUGGUGGGCCUCGGACCCACGCUCCGGGCCUGGAAUGGUGGUGACGGGGAGGCCGGUGUACCCCUGGGCUGCCGCUCCAGGCGGCGGCGGCGGAGCCACGCAGGGGAAAUUCCACCACAGGCCAAGAGGCCCAGGCAUGACCUGAUCCCGGAGCUGGUGUGGGGGCCGAGUGCCAGCGACUUACACGCAGUGACACCUACCAGAGCCGCCGCGGAAGCCAUUUCUGGGAAGGGCGAGCCGCCCAGGACCCAGCGUCCCUUACCACUGCAGGGCCGUGAACACGAGGCUGGCUGCCCAUCUUCUCUGCCGUUAAGUCCCCAGGCCUCUUCCAGUUCCGCAGUGGUCGCUGAAACCAAGCAGUUUCUCUACCGCACUGGUAGCAAGGAAGGGCUGUGCUCCUCCUUCCUGCUCAACUCCUUGCAGCCCAGUCUGACUGGGGCCCGGAGACUCGUGGAAACCAUCUUUCUGGAUUUGAAGCCCCUGCAGCCUGGGGCUUUCCGCAGGAGGCGCCGCCUGCCCGCGCGUUACUGGCAGAUGAGGCCUCUGUUUCGGGAUCUGCUUAGGAACCAUGCGCGCUGCCCCUAUGGCGUGCUGUUAAGGAAGCACUGCCCGCUGCGGGAGGCGGCCGCCGCAGAGGCGGUGGGGUCCGGCGACAAGGGGUGCGGGGGUGUGGGCAUCGGCACCCCGAAGGACACUGGCCCGCGGUGCCUAGGCCAGCUCCUUCACCAGCACAGCAGCCCGAGGCACGUGUACGAGUUCCUGCGGGCCUGUCUUCUCCGGCUGGUGCCACCCGGGCUCUGGGGUUCCAGGCACAAUGAGCGCCGCUUCUUGAAAACCGUGAAGAAAUUCACCUUUCUGGGGAAGUACGCCAAGCUCUCGCAUCAGGAGCUGACCUGGAAGAUGAAAGUGCAGGACUGCAUCUGGCUGUGCAGAAGCCCAGGGGGCCGCUCUGUCCCGGCCGCAGAACACCGUCUGAGAGAAGCGGUCCUGGCCAAGUUUCUGUGCUGGUUGAUGGGCACAUAUGUGGUUGAGCUGCUGAAGUCUUUUUUUUAUGUCACGGAGACCACAUUUCAGAAGAACCAGCUCUUUUUCUUCCGGAAGAGUGUCUGGAGCCAACUGCAAAGCAUUGGGAUCAGACAGCACUUUGAUAGGGUGCAGCUUCGCCAACUGUCAGCAGCCGAGGUCAGGAGACAUCAGGACGCCAGACCCGCUGUGCUGAUGUCCAGACUCCGCUUCCUCCCCAAGCCCGGCGGACUGCGGCCGAUUGUGAACAUGGACUACGUUGUGGGGGCCAGAGCGUUCCGCAGGGACAAGAAGGUGCAACAUCUCUCCUCGAAAGUCAAGACGCUGUUCAGCGUGCUCAACUACGAGCGCAUGCAGCGCCCUGGCCUCCUGGGUGCCUCACUGCUGGGCAUGGAUGACAUCUAUAGGGCCUGGCGCACCUUCGUGCUGCGUGUGCGGGCCCAGGACCCAGCACCUCAGCUGUACUUUGUCAAGGUGGACGUGAUGGGUGCCUACGACACCCUUCCUCAGAGCAGGCUGGUGGAGGUGAUUGCCAACGUGAUCAAGCCCCAAGAACACACGUACUGCCUCCGCCAGUACGCCAUGGUCCAGAGAACCACACGUGGGCACGUCCGGAAGUCCUUCAAAAGACACGUGUCCACCUUCACGGACCUCCAGCCUUACAUGAAACAGUUUGUGCAACAACUGCAGAAGACAAGCUCGCUGAGGGACACUGUAGUCAUCGAGCAGAGCUGCUCUCUGAAUGAGGCCAGCAGCAGCCUGUUCGACUUCUUCCUGCAUCUGGUGCGCAACCACGUCAUAAGGAUUGGGGGCAAGUUUUACGUCCAGUGUCAGGGGAUCCCCCAGGGCUCCAUCCUGUCCACCCUGCUGUGCAGCUUAUGCUAUGGAGACAUGGAGAGCAGGGUGUUCCCCGGGCUGCAGCAGGACGGAGUGCUCCUGCGUUUGGUGGACGACUUCUUGCUGGUCACUCCUCACCUGACACAAGCGAAAGCCUUUCUCAGGACCCUGGUCAAGGGCGUGCCCGAGUAUGGCUGCAUAGCGAACUUGCGGAAGACAGUAGUGAACUUCCCUGUGGAAGAUGACGUCCUAGGCGGUGCAGCCCCCCUGCAGCUGCCGGCCCACUGCCUGUUCCCCUGGUGUGGCUUGCUGCUGGACACACAGACCCUGGAGGUGUUCUGCGACUACUCCAGUUAUGCCCAGACCUCGAUCAGAGCAAGUCUCACCUUCAGCCAGGGCUUCAAGGCCGGGAGGAGCAUGCGACGGAAGCUCUUUGCAGUGUUGAGGCUGAAAUGCCACAGUCUGUUUCUGGAUCUGCAGGUGAACAGCCUCCAGACGGUUUGCACAAACGUUUACAAGAUAUUCUUGCUGCAGGCCUACAGGUUUCACGCCUGUGUGCUCCAGCUCCCGUUCAAUCAGCAUGUUCGGAAGAACCCCUCGUUUUUCCUCCGAAUCAUCUCUGACACUGCGUCCCGCUGCUAUACCCUUCUGAAAGCCAAGAACACAGGGCUGUCCCUGGGGACCAAGGGUGCUGCUGGCCCAUUUCCUUCUGAAGCCACUAGGUGGCUGUGCCUGCACGCCUUCCUGCUGAAGCUGUCUCAUCACAGUGCCACCUACAAGUGUCUUCUGGGAACGCUCCGGGCUGCCCAAGCGCAGCUGUGCCGGCAGCUCCCGAGGGCGACGCUGGCCACACUGCAAGCCGCAGCUGAUCCGGCCCUGACCACAGACUUCGAGGCCAUCUUGGACUGAUAGCCAGUCCUUCUCACAGCUCAGGGUGGGUGCCAGGCCCUGGAGCCCCAUCCCAGCUGGAUGUACCCAAAGGGUCUGUCCUCUGUGCCCUGAGACCCCAAGACAUGCUGCUUACUGGGCUGCUUCCUGGAGAGGUCUGCCCCCAGGUCCUCAGGGAAGCAGAGCCCGCCCUGCCUCCAAACACCUGCACGCCCCUGCUGCCGCUUCCUAGUGACAGGUUCAUCCUUCAGUUACCUGCUGUCAGGAGGAGGCAGAUAGAGGAACAGGCUGGGUCAUUGGCAUCCAGAAGUGUCAGGGACCUUUGUCACCCUUCCCGCUGUGGGGUCACCCUGGUCUGGGGUGCUGGCCCACAAGUAGUGGGUGUGUGUGGACUCCUCCCUGUUGAUCUGCAUAGUCCUAAAUCCAGCUGUCCACACCCAGUGGAGCAGCACCCACCCUGAUACCUCAGCUGCAUCCAAAGUUCGUGCCUUGCUCAGCUUGCCCAAGAGCAAAGGGCCCGGUCAGCUGUUUGAGGUUUAUCCCCACCAGUCACACCCACACUUUUGACCUGCCUGCCCCACACUCUGCCCAGGCCUCCAGGAAUCGAGUGUCCAGCACCAUUCACCCAGCUGUCGCACCUGCUUCCAGAGUCUCCUUUUCCCCACCCAGCACACCAUCCUCAUGACCCCUCCUGCACCGCCUCCUGCUCCUACCCCAUCACCCCAGUGACAGGGUAAGAGCUGCAGAGAGAAGAGCCUUUGUUUAUUAUUUUCUUAGUUUUUAAAUAUUUAUCUUAGGUUUGUAUUAAAAUGCACACUACACAAGUACUGUUACCCAUAAUUUUAAAAA